AUGGAAGUAAAGUCAUCUGAGUUACAGCCUGCUCCUGAUAACCUGAGCUUUCCUAAAGCUGAAGAAGAGGUCCUGAAAUAUUGGAACGAGAUCGACGCUUUCAAGACUUCGUUGAAGCUGUCUGAAGGAAGACCGAGUUUUACUUUUUACGAUGGUCCCCCAUUUGCCACCGGUCUCCCUCACUAUGGACAUAUUUUGGCUGGAACUAUUAAAGAUAUCGUUACGCGUUUCGCCCAUCAGACGGGACAUUACGUUGUUCGCAGAUUCGGAUGGGAUACUCACGGCCUCCCCGUGGAGUCCGAGAUUGAUAAAAAGCUCGGCAUUACGUGUUCCCAGGACGUUGAGAAGAUGGGUAUUGCUAAGUAUAACGCUGAAUGCAGAGGCAUCGUUUCUCGUUACUGCAAGGAAUGGGAAGCGAUUGUGAACCGCCUCGGCCGUUGGAUCGACUUCAAGAACGGUUACCGCACCCUCGAGCCGUGGUACAUGGAAUCGGAGUGGUGGGCUUUCAAGAGCCUUUGGGACAAGGGUCUGGUCUACCGCGGCUACCGUGUGAUGCCGUUCAGUACCGCUCUGACGACGCCUCUGUCGAACUUCGAGGCUGGUCAGAACUACAAGGAGGUUUCCGAUCCUGCAAUCAUCAUCGCUUUCUCGUCGACCGAUGAGGAGAACGUGUACUAUCUGGCCUGGACGACCACGCCUUGGACCCUUCCUUCCAACAUGGCGCUGACGGUCCAUCCCGAGUUUGAGUACGUGAAGGUCAAGGACCUCGCUACGGGUCGUUUCUAUUGGCUGGCCGAGUGCCGAUUGAGCGCUCUGUACCCCAAGAUGCUGAAGAAGGGAUAUAAGGGAGGCGAGUUUGAGAUCGUGGAGAAGUGCGUGGGAACCGACCUGGUGAAUCGUCGCUACGUGCCCCUGUUCCCCUAUUUCGCGGAUUGGCCCGGCGCGUUCCGCAUUGUAGCGGACACCUACGUCACCAACGACAGCGGUACGGGCAUCGUGCACUGCGCUCCCGGCUUCGGAGAGGACGAUUACCGAGUGGGUCUGGCGAACCACAUCGUGGAAGUGGGCGGCAGCGUGCCCUGCCCUGUGGAUCUGAAUGGCUGCUUCGACGAGCAUGUCCCCGAUUAUCAGGGUCGCCAUGUGAAGGAGUGCGAUAACGACAUCAUGAAUCGCCUCAAGGCGGAGGGCCGCUUGGUGCAGAAGGCGUCGAUCAAGCACAGCUAUCCGUUCUGCUGGCGCUCGGACACUCCGCUGAUCUACCGCGCGAUCACGUCCUGGUUCGUGAAGGUGACGGAGAUCAAGGACCGUCUGCUGAAGAACAACGAGCAGACCUACUGGGUGCCCUCGUUCGUGAAGGAGAAGCGCUUCCACAACUGGCUCCGCGACGCGCGCGAUUGGAACAUCUCGCGAAACCGCUACUGGGGAACGCCGCUACCGAUCUGGGUGAGCGACGACGGAGAGGAAAUGAUCGCGGUGGGGUCGAUCAAGGAGCUGGAGGAGCUCUCGGGCCAGAAAGUCACCGACCUGCAUCGCGAGAACAUCGAUCCGAUUUUGAUCCCCAGCAAGAAGGGAAAGGGCAUGCUGCACCGCGUGCCGGAAGUGUUCGAUUGCUGGUUCGAGUCGGGAUCCAUGCCCUACGCUCAGCAGCACUAUCCCUUCGAGAACAAGGAAGUCUUCGAGGCGAACUUCCCUGCGCAGUUCAUCGCGGAAGGUCUCGAUCAGACGCGCGGCUGGUUCUACACGCUGAUGGUGCUCUCCACGGCGCUGUUCGACAAGCCCGCCUGGAAGAACGUCAUCGUGAACGGCCUGGUGCUCGCCGAGGACGGAAAGAAGAUGAGCAAGCGUCUGAAGAACUACCCCGAUCCCCAGACCAUCAUCGAUAAAUACGGUGCGGAUUCCGUGCGUCUGUACCUCAUCAACUCGCCCGUGGUGCGCGCGGAGCCGCUCCGCUUCAAGGAAUCGGGCGUCCACGGCGUGCUGAAGGACGUGUUCAUUCCCUGGUACAACGCGUACCGCUUCCUGCUGCAGAACAUCAAGUACUGGGAGACGAAGACCGGCGAACCGUUCCGUCCUUCGCAGGAAAAGGCGCUGUCCAGCACCAACGUGAUGGAUCGCUGGCUGCUCGCCACCACGCAGGAGCUCAUCUGCUUCGUUCGUCAAGAAAUGGAGGCGUACCGUCUGUACACGGUGGUGCCUCGCCUCGUGGACUUCAUCAACCUGCUCACGAACGGCUACGUGCGUCUGAAUCGCGGUCGCUGCAAGUGUGUGGGCGGAAACACGGAGGAGGCGUUCGUGUCGCUGUCGGUUCUGUACGAGUGCUUGCUGACGCUCUGCCGCUUAAUGUCGCCCUUCACGCCCUUCUUCACCGAGUAUCUCUAUCAGAAUCUCCGCAGAAUCCAUCCUAAUCUCAACAACCCCGACGUCCCGAUCGACUCCGUGGGUCGUUCGGAGUCCAUCCACUACGUCAUGCUCCCGGAGACCGACGUGUUCGCCUGCUGCGACGACCCCGUGAUUCGUCGCCAGAUGCGUCGCCUGAUGAUGGCGAUCGAGAUGGGCCGCGUGCUCCGCGAGCGAAAGACCAUCUCCUUGAAGCGUCCCGUGCGCAGCAUCGUCAUCGCGUCCUCCGAUCCCGAGGUCCUCAGCGACAUCAAGUCGCUCGAGAACUACUUAAUGGAGGAGCUGAACUGCCUCGAAGUGCGCUACGAGACCAGCGAGGCCAGCUGGUGCCAGUGCAGCAUCUCGCCCGAGUUCAGCGUGCUGGGCCGCCGUCUGGGCAAGAACUUCAAGGCGGUGACGCAGGCGCUGGCGCAGUGUACGGCGGAAGACGUGAAGAAGCUCGAGCAGGAGCACAAGCUGACCGUGGCUGGGUUCGAGCUGAGCGAGGAGGAGCUGGUCGUAAAGCGCGAGUUCCGCUGCGAGAGCCCGCAGUUCGAGGGAGGCGUGGUGGAGGACCAUUCGUUCAUCGUGGCGAUCGACACCACGCAGGACGAGGAGAUUCUGGCGCUGGGCAUCGCGCGCGAGUUCAUCAACCGCGUGCAGAAGAUGCGAAAGGCGGCCGGACUGGUCCCCAGCGACCGCAUUAAGGUGUUCUACUUCCAGAAGGAGGGAGAGGAGGGCAGCGUGAUGAAGGCGAUUCAGAAGCACAGCGAUUCGAUUCGAGAGCGGUUGGACUGCGAGCUCUUCAAUUCGCGUGACGUGCCCGCCUCUGAAGUUGUGAUCAAGACCGACGAGGAUGAGAUCGAUGAUAUCAAGUUCCAGUUCACCAUUACAAGAGCUUAAUCAGGGAU